GUAGGAUACGAAGCCAUUAUUGCCUUACACAGAUUAAUAGAUGAUGAUACCAAUGGUUAUGUUGAUUUACAAGAGAGUGGUGAGUUUCUUCAAGAUGAGUUACAGAUGAAAGAUGGUCAGGAGAAAUCAAAACAAUUCCAUAGUAAUGAUAAAUUGGUCACUGUUGAGGAUCUGUGGAGGAUCUGGAGAGGAUCAGAAGUAUAUAAUUGGACAGAAGAAGAUGUAGUUCAAUGGUUAGAUGAACAUGUUGAUUUACCUCAAUAUAAAGAUAUAUUUAUUUCUAACCAUAUAGAUGGUCAAGCUCUACCCAGGUUAGCAUGUAAUAAAUCCCCCUAUCUAUCUGUAAUAGGUAUAAAUAAUCCUGUACAUAAACAGAAAUUAUUUCUUAAAGCCAUGGACCUUGUUUUAUUUGGAGUCCCUAAAAAAGUGCACAAUUAUAUAAAAGAUAUAGCAUUAUUAACAUUGUUAGUGGCAGCUGUAGGAGGUUUCUGGUAUGCCUAUUUACAUAACAGAGACUCACAGAAACAAGUACAGAAAUUAAUGAAAGACUUGGAAUCAUUGCAGAGGGCUGAGGAUUCACUCAAGGAAUUGCAAGAAAAAAAUUUAUGUUAUUGUGUUGAUUAUUUCAGUAUAAAUCAUUCUGAUGGAAAUGAUGGAUUAUCAGCAAUGCAUUACAAUACACUGUCAAUGCAUACAGGUAGACUCAAGGAUCCUGAAGAUGAAACAGAGGAAGAAAUAGAAAGGUAUAAGUUAGCAGAAGCAGAAUUAGAACAGAUCAGAGCAUCGUUACGACGAGCAGAGAAAGAAUUAGAAAAUCAGAAUAAAUGGUCAGCACCAUCACAGUUACAGUGUUGGUUACAAUAUACACAUGAAGUAGAACAGUUCCAUUUUAAUGCCAAACGUCAUGCUGCUGAGCAACAGCUUAAAGCUACCAAAGAAUUAUGUGAUAGAAUGAAGAAGAGAAACAGAGCAUUUUUAGGAUCGUUACGGAUGGCUCACAGUACAUCUUUAGAUGAUAUAGAUCAGAGAAUUCUAAAUGCCAGAUCUUCCUUAGCGGAAGUAAAGAAUGACAUGCAAGAAAGAGUACAAAGAUGGUCAGCUAUAGAGCAGAUGUGUGGGUUCCCUAUUAUGACUAAUCCAGGCAUGCCAACAUUGAAACAAUUAUUACAAAGGGAGAUUUCUCAAGGUUAG